GUUCCAUGUGCAAGAGCCAGAACUGCUUCAAUACACCUAAUGUUUUUGCUACAUCCUGCGUAAAUAUUAUAUAAACUAAAAGAAAUAUAAGAAAAACUGGUUAAAUUCGAAGUAUGUGAAGAGAAAUCCUUUACAUAAUAAUGCCUCCAAAGAAGAACCCCUUAGGGGAUGCACGCAAGAGGUUGCAGGAAAAGAUUGACAGCAUUAAAGAACAGUCUGAUUACAUUAUACAAGUGUUAAAUACUACCGUUAGUAAUGCAGUAGACCCUGCUGUUGAGUUGUUAAACCAAAAGGAGAGAAAAAAGUUCUUUAACAAGUAUUCCCAAGUGAGUCAGGGCCUUGAGAAGUGUUUGGAUUUCCUCCUGGUAUUGAGUGAUUCUGUUGAUAAUCCAAGAGAUGGUAGUGAUGAAUCAGGUUCCCAUGAUGAUGAAGGUGAUUCCAGUGAUGAACAAAAAGAUGUUAAGACAAAAACGAAGAAAGAUAAAGAGGAUGUUAGAUGUGAAAGAGAAGUUAAAGAGUUUGAAAGUGUAAAGACAAGUACAGUCCAAGAAGAGAAGCCAGCAAAUGAAGAAAAAAACAUGAAAAACCAAAAUAAUUUGUCUAACAACCUAGGGAGCAAUUACACAAAGACUGAAUCAGAAAACAAGGGUGCGUCAUGUGCUUCAAGGUCAUCAGACUCGACGCAAUCCAGAAAAAAUCAAAAGUCUCUUCAAAAAAGCAAUCAAAAACCCAUUCAAAAACAGAUCAAAAGUGGAGAAAAUCAACUCCACCAAAACAAAUUUUCUGUCUGUGAUGAUAAUUCACAAAAUAUGGAAGUAGAUACAAGAGAAGGAAGUACCAAAACUCCACAAACAUCAAUAAAUAGUUCUUCUAUUUCUCCACUUCAAGAAUCUGCCAUCAAGAGAUUUGUCCCUGCACAGGUCAAGAUGCCCCAGGCAUACCAAGAAGAACAGAGGAAAAUUGACGACAAGACAGGUAGGAAAUCUACCAUGCAGGCAAGUACCCUGCAGCCCAGCUUGGGAGGAAGUCUGCCCGAUGUAUCGGGGGCUGGAAGGAUGUCGCCUGCACAAGGGCAGAAGGACAGACAAACCAGUACCCUGCAGCACUGCUUGGGAGGUAGUCAAACCGAUGUAUCAGGGGCUGGAAGGAAGCUUCCUGCACAAGGGCAAAAGGUUGUUAAAGCUUCCAGAAGAGAUUCUGCAACAAAAGUAUUUCAUCUCAAGCAAUACCCAUUCACUAAUGGUCAGUGUCUAGAGGUUGUAGUAACAGAAGUAUUGAGUCCAUGGGAAUUGUGGGUACAACCGACUGGGAAUGGAUUCAACCUUCUUAUGGAAAAAAUGUGCAUGCAGUUCGCCAAAGCAGCAGCAUCGGGUUACAAAGGAGGCCUGUCGUCACCCCCCUCAGUAGGAGAGUAUUGCUGUGCACGGUUUACUAUUGAUGACACGUGGUACAGAGCACGUGUUGUUGGUCUUCACCAAUCAGAAGACCCGAUGAAACAAACUGAAGGUCGUCGUCAACGAAAUAGUAGCAGCAGCAGUACCAGUAGUCUCGAUAACUCAUACCCUGGGUUAGAGGUAGAGGUCCUGUGUAUUGAUGAUGGUAACUGUGAACGGCUUCCUCUGAGCAGGUUAAGACCACUGGACGAGAACCUGGCUGUGGUUCCCUGUCAGGCACUGUGCUGUGCGCUGGCUGGGGUAAAGCCGCUGGUCCAGAAUACUGUCAAGUCACAAGGUGAUUCAGUGUGGAAAGAAGAAGCAAUCGAAUGGCUAAAAAACAAAGUAUCUGGUACAAAACUACUGGCUUACCCAAGGAAGGCUGAUGAAGAUCCUCUCAUCAUGGUCGAUCUAUACUUUCCGCCGUCAGGAAGAAAAACCUCCAAAACAAAAGGGAAUGAUAGCACUUUACCAGGACUGCGGUAUAGUAUUGGAAAUAUCAUGGUUAUUGAAGGUUUUGCGCAGCGUGUUGAUCAAGUGACCACACAGCCCGAUUAUAGCAAGAAUACCAGUCCACGGUCUGGAUUUAGUGAAGGCGUUUUGUCACGCUCCUGUAGUAGCAUAAGUGUUGCAAGUCUACAGGGCUGCGCAAUGCCUGUAUUUGAAGAAGAGGAGGGUCCUGUCACACAGAGUAGGUCUGUCACGCAAGAUAGCCCUGUCAUUACACAAGCUGGUGCUAUCACGAAAAGCUGUUCUGUGAUAAGGGAGAGUUUCGCGACACACGGUAGUUCUGUCACGCAGAGAAGUGAUUCAAAAGUCGAACAAAACGUUAUUCGAGGUGUCAGUCCAUCUAACACGACAGUGGCAAAUCAUCCGCAGAAAACUCAUUCUAAAACUCUAAAUCAAAGUGUCAAGCAACAACAAAAUUCCAAUCAUUCCAAAGAACGUAGUACCAAAGAUCCAGAGGUAAAGCCAGCAGUUACGCAGUUAACGCACAACAAAGAAAUGGACAAUGUUAGUGAAAAUAAUCUCGUGGUGAAAAGAGAGUCCCCACGACACCCCCCUGACGGGAGCAGUCUGACUGGACCGUUGGACGAACAGCAAGACAUGGAUAACAUGUGUCUUGAAGACAACAAAAAGCGCCUUUACCUUCCUUCACAAGAUCAGCCUCUAUUACUACAAGUCAUGAUGGCCGACGCUGUCUCUCCUAGUGAGUUCUUCGUCCAUCUUGUUACACCAGAAGCUGUACUUCUCGCAGAACUGACUGAGGACUUGGAUUCUUACUACAAAAAUAGUGACGUGACAUCCACCCCCAUAGAUUGUCGUCUCAGCAUCGGAGACUACUGUUGCUCCAAGUUUACCGCUGACAACAUGUGGUGUCGUGCGCAGGUCAUAGAUGUAAAGAUCUCCUCCUCUCUGGGAGAUGGACCGGAAUCAUUUUGCUCGCAAGAUAGCGAGGCUGUGAGGGCUGAUAUUCAUGUGUUUUAUAUUGAUUAUGGAAACUGUGAAUGGAUUUCCAUGGAGAAUACCAGACCGUUACUACCCAAGUUUAGGAUACUCCCUGGAUUUGCUGUCAAGUGUCGAUUAGCUGGCGUGAGACCUGUCGUCAUCCAAGAUGUAAACACAGCAAUGUUGUCUAAUGAAGAAGCUCCAAUUCCUCGAGAACCUGAGAAUUUAACUGCGGAGAAGAACGCAGCUGUACCUGCCGACGUUGAUACCAAUCAAGUGACACCAAAUCUUCCCUCUAAAUCUACGAAACCAAAUCCUGGUGGUGAAGUAGAUGGGAGAAAAGACAAGAUAAAAGAGCAAGAUGGGAAAAAAGACAACAAAGAAGAGCAAGUUGGGAAAGAACAAAACAAAGAAGAGCAAGUUGGGAAAGAACACAACAAAGAAGAGCAAGAUGGGAAAGAACGCAAGAAAGAAGAGCAAGAUGGGAAAGAACACAAGCAAGAAGAGCAAUCGUUAUUCAAGUUUACAUCUGCAAAGUAUAAAGGGAAAUCGCCGAAAGGACGUCGAGGAAAGAAGUAUCAGAAGAUAGCGCUCGAUAAGAAUGUGGUGCAGCGAGCUGCAGGAGAUGAAUCAGGGGACAGUGAAAUGAGCGAUGGUUUAGUGUUUGAUUGGCCUGAGGAGGAAGAUGAGAGGACCAAGAAAAAGGGCGAAGAAGAGUCAGCAUUACCGGAAAAGUAUCUUUUGCCAAGUCCAGACCAAGAGCUUUCUGAGCACAUCAAACCUCCCGACACUCGAGAAAGUAUCCAACAUGAAUGGAGUGAAGAAGCCAUUGAACUGUUCAAGGGUCUGACAGGUGACGACAAGCCUCUCAGGGGAGUCAUGGUACCGUGGAAUGCGAGGGUCUAUCAACAG